GUCUGGAUGCUCAGCUCCUCCCCUGGACGUGCGCGUGUGUGCGUGUGUGUGUGCGUGCGUGCGUGCACGCGGGCAUCAUUCCAUCAAAUCCUUCAACUUGGACCACUCCGGCUCAGCAGCACUUUUUGCUACAGCAUUCAGGCAGCGCCUCCACCAGCAGCUCCUUUUCCAGCUCAGAGCGCUGACUCUCAUCCCGAGUGACCGGGAGGAACCGGGAAAACGGACUUCCAGCUUCCGGAGCGUCCAGAGAUGGAGCGGGAGGUCGGGUUCUACCCAAAGUGGCACCGCGCGCUUUGGGUCCUGGUGCUCGCGGCACCCUGCGUCUUCCGCCCUGCUGAGGCUGGCAUAACUUGCAGGUCAUGCCAGCCUGGAAACAAGUGGCGCGGACAGGAACUACCGCUGACAUUUAGCUUGAGUGGACCGGUACCGGGGCUACAGGGACAAGUUUGGGGGAACGGGGUCUGGACGGGAAUGAGGCGGCAGCUCCCCUGCGCCGCUGGUUCCGCCGAAUGCGCUCUGGAUCGGCCGGACUACGCGCGAAAGCCUCGGAGUACCGAUAACCUGCGCGCGCCAGGUGGAGACGGCGAGGAGAGGAAAGUUGCUCGGGUCAAAACAAGUUCCCAGUUCACGGCCAGGAAUGCUGCAGGGACUCAGGGCCCGAGUAAGGACAGCGACGGUGACGAAGUCCGAUUCCCCGGUGUGGCGGGGCGCAGAGUCCCGCGCUCGUCCGACCUGCGCUGGAGCGGAGAAGAGCGCAGAGGCAGCGGCAUGAGGCAGGACGAACCCAAACUCAACAGCUCGACCUUCGCCCUGACCGGAGACUCGUCCCACAACCAGGCCAUGGUGCACUGGUCCGGCCAGAACAGCAGCGUCAUCCUGAUGCUGACCAAACUCUUUGACUUCAAUCUGAACAGUGUGACUGAGAGUUCAUUAUGGAGGUCAACCGACUACGGAGCGACGUACCAGAAGCUGAACGACAAAGUGGGAGCCAAGACGAUCCUCAGUUAUCUGUAUGUGAGCCCCAACAACAAGAGGAAGAUCAUGCUGCUGACUGACCCUGAGGUGGAGAGCAGCCUUCUCAUCAGCUCCGACGAAGGGGCCACGUACCAGAAGUACCGGCUGAACUUCUACAUCCUGAGCCUGCUUUUCCACCCCGAACAGGAAGACUGGAUCCUGGCGUACAGCCACGAUCAAAAGCUUUACAGCUCGGUGGAGUUUGGUAGAAGGUGGCAGCUGGUGCAUGAAAGAGUGGCUCCUAAUCGAUUCUACUGGUCCAAAAUGGGUUUGGACAAAGAGCCGGGCUUAAUUCACCUGGAAACCAGCAUCUCUGAAGGACAAGCGCUUUAUGUCACCUGCAAGCUGCAAAACUGCACAGAUGCCAACAAGGGCAAACCAUUCCCCGGAUACAUUGACCCCAGUUCUCUGGUGGUGCAAGAUGAGUAUGUGUUUGUCCAGGUCUCUACUGCAGGGAAGCCAGUCUACUAUGUUUCUGCAAAAAGAGACGUCUUCACUCCCAUGAAGCUACCAAAGUACACACUGCCCAAGGAGCUACAUGUGAUCAGCACCGAUGAGAACCGUGUGGUUGCUGCUGUUCAGGAGUGGAACCAGAACGAAACCUACAACCUGUACGUGUCGGACACAUCGGGGGUCUUCUACACGCUGGCUCUGGAGAACGUGGUCAGCAGCAUGGGCCUCGAGGGGAACGUCAUGGUCGACCUCUACGAGGUAGCGGGAAUAAAAGGGAUGUUCCUUGCCAACAAGAAGACGGAUAACCAAGUCAAGACGUACAUCACUUACAACCGAGGCAGAGACUGGAGGUUGCUACAGGCCCCAAGCAAGGACCUGAGGGGCAACAGCAUUCACUGCGUGCUGCCGUACUGCUCGUUACAUCUCCAUCUCCAUGUGUCUGCAAAUCCCUACACAUCUGGAAACAUAGCCAGCAGGGAGUCGGCGCCGGGAAUCAUUGUGGCAUCAGGCUCCAUCGGCUCAGAGCUGACCUCUGGUAACGUCAGCGUGUUCAUCACCUCUGAUGCAGGAAACGCGUGGAGACAGAUCUUUGAUGAGGAGUAUGCGGUGCUCUAUCUGGACCAAGGUGGAGCUUUGGUGGCCAUAAGACACACUCCGCUUCCCAUCCGACACCUGUGGUUGAGCUUCGAUGAAGGGCGGCAGUGGAACAAGUACAGCUUCACCAGCACGCCUCUGUUUGUGGACGGGGUUCUGGGAGAACCUGGGGAGGAGACGCUCAUCAUGACGAUCUUUGGCCACGUCAGCCAUCGCUCUGAGUGGCAGCUGGUGAAGAUCGACUUCAGGUCCAUCUUCAACAGGAGGUGCACAGAGGUGGAUUAUCAGACAUGGCACCUGCACGACCAGGGCGAGCCGUGCCUCAUGGGGGUGAAACGGAUUUACCGGAAGCUGAAGCCCACGUCCAGGUGUGUGAUGGGAAAGAUGUACUCAGUGAGCAUGACCUCAGGCUCCUGCGACUGCACCGAGGCAGACUUUGAGUGCGAUUAUGGCUACGAGAGACGGACCGACGGCAGAUGCAACCCCGCUUUCUGGUUCCAUCCGGCAUCCGUAUCCAGGAGCUGCACCACGGGGAUGACUUUCCUCAACAGCACUGGCUACAGGAAGGUGGUGUCCAAUAACUGCACGGCGGGGGUGAUCGCCGAGUACACAGCCAGGAGACAACAGUGUCCUGCGCAGGCUCCCAGAGGCCUCCACCUGGUGACCAGCGCGGCUUCGCUGACCGCCACCGUGGGCACCAACGUCACCUUCCUGGUUUUCCUGGAGGAGGGGGACGGCGCUAGGACGAGCAUCACCGUGGACUUUGGAGACGGACACGCUCUGACAUACUCCAAUGUCAGCUCCAUGGAAGACGGCAUCAAACACAUCUACAAAUCCGUGGGAAUCUACCGAGUGAGCGCCGUGGCAGAGAACAGCCUCGGCUCAGAGACCACCAUGCUCUACCUGCACGUCACAUGUCAGCUGGAGCACAUCCAUCUCUCUGCUCCUUUUGUGGCGCUGAAGAACAAGGAGGUGAACCUGACUGCGGUUCUGUGGCCCAGCCAAGUGGGAACGGUCACCUACAUCUGGUGGAUCGGAAAUAGCACCGAGCCUGCUAUUACCCUGGAGGGAAGCGUGGCGUGCACGUUCUCCAAGGAAGGCAUCAAUACAGUCACCGUGCAGGUGUCUGCUGGGAACAGCAUCCUGCAGGACAGGAAAACCAUCGCCGUCCACGAAUUCUUCAGGUCCCACCUGCUCGCCUUUUCAUCCAACCUGGACGAGCACAACCCCGAUGUUCCGGAGUGGAGGCUGGACGUGAGCCGGGUCAUCAAGAACUCCAUGAUCCAGGCUACAGGCAUAAGAGAGGACCAGCUUCUGGUCUCGGUCCUUCCGGGUUUACCCACAGCCGCUGAGGUCUUCCUCCUGCUUGACAAGCUGAUCACCGAGGGAAGACCAGAGAAGAGCUCGGCUCAUCUUGAUCAGCUCUCUGAAGUUCUGCUGAACGCCUUGAAUCAAAACCUCGUCCAGUUCACGCUGCGGCCGGGGGUCCAGGUCACCGUGUACGCUGCUCACCUGUCAGCAGCGACACAGAGACAUUCAGAGCGUGAGCCUCGUUACACGUAUGUGUGCCUCUUCCUAUGGGGGACGCUGCUACUUUUAAGAUGAGACGCCCCUGGUGGACACCAGCGAGAACCACAGUGGCUCUGCCAUGCUCAUGCUGCUGUCCGUAGUGGUUGCGGGUUUAGCCGUGUUUGUCGUCUACAAAUUCAAGAGGUAACGUCUUCCUGGAACUCCACACAGGUGUUCCCAACGGGACGCUGAUAGGAUCGGACGCCGCUUACGUUAUCAGGUCCUCCAUCUGAAACAAGUGUCAGUCAGUCUUCAGCUGCCUUCAGCGUUAGGGCCGUGAACGCAGGCGGCUGAGCUUUCUGAAAUGUUAAGUUGUUACCUGCUCCAAAGGAAACAAGCGAAGGGUCACGGCGGUGUACCGACUCAGUAACACAUUAAAGGUGUCAGCCGUUAGAGAGGUUGUGUCUGUUUUAGUUUAGACUUCACUCUUAAAAUACCGUCUCAACAAAGUACCACUUAUUUCAGCAUUGAAGAUUUAUUCAGUGAAGUUGUUUAUUUGAAUAUUUUUGUUUUACUUACAGGUGCAGUUUGUAAGAAUUUUACUGUAAAAUAAUCACAAAACGAUCGAACGUCUCCACCGUGUUGGAAUGAAGGUCCUACUGGUUUCAUUCUCAGCCGGCUGGAGGCUUGUCGGUUUUUCUCCUUUAACAAAAUCAAAAGGAGGACAUAAUUACGGUUUACACUCCGUGAGUUUGUGAGGUUGCCAAGUCUGUGCGGAGCUAACCCAGCAGCGCUUGUAGUUCGACACCAGCAUGGCAAAAAGCCCCAGAGUUGUUUAAAGAACCAAAGCCAGUAAACAGGAGCGACCCAGAGGUUGUUUCUUGUACCUCUAUGAAAUUUUACUCUAAUAAUGGGUGAUGCAGGGUAGAGGUUAACGUUGAGCUAAUAUUGCUAACAGUGAAUUAGAAGCAAAUAAUCGGCUCUAAAAAUGUCUCGGGCUACCUUUUCAGUUACGAUUAGCUGUGUGUCACUGGGAAAUGUGUGUGUGUGAAGUGAACAACGAGCCGUUCAGAACUAUACCAGUAAGAUGGUAUACAAUGCUGUAGAACAACUACCGUAAUAUGUGUAGUAAGGGCUCCCUAUCAAAGAAUGUCCAAGAGUACUAACUCCAGACAUGACUAUGUAUUUAUGUACUUGUACAUUUAUACUGUGUAUGACUUGUAUUUGCUCAUCAUGUGGUAUUUUCUGGUGUUCGUGUGUAACUGGCCACCGCCACGAAACUCACAGAACGGCCGUGAGAAAGUAAUAUUUUUACUUCAAAAAUUUGACUUCAGUAAGCACAUUUGACCACAAUGAUUGUUACAAAUUGCACCUUUAAGAUUCACCCAUUUCAUCCAUGAAAAUUCUACUUCAGAAAUCCAACAGGGAAGAUUCAACAACAGAGCUGACCUCCUGGUCACUCAAGCCAAAGUAAUUAGUCGUGUUCAAGAUGAGCAGCGCCUCGCCUGGAAAACAGACGAGAGCAGACGGACGCAGCAGGGGGAGGGGCUGAAAGCCGGCGCUUAUGUCGGACAGAUUUCCCUACAUGUGUAGCUCGCGGGUGACGAUGGAUGAAGUUAUCGCGUUAGAGUUUAUACUUGUUUAUUUUAAUUCUGGUGCCUGUUAGCAGCUGAAACACAUCCUCACGUGCUUGUGGAUGUCAUAUAUCGUAUAUGGAGACCUGACUGUAAUAAUAAGUAAAGGUUAUCAGCUGUAGCUUCAGUGUGCUCAUAGGAAACGUGACAAAAGAACACAUUUCUCUUUAUGGCCUAUAUAGUUGUCAUCAUCAACGUUACAUGAUUCACAGAAUACAUGUGACCUACUAACAUUUCAUGUUCUACCACCGGAUGUUUGGAUCAGAAGGUGAACCAAUCAGAUCUUAGAUCAGGUGAGAGCCAGGCGUUUCCCGUCAUCCUCUAGGUUUAGCAGCCGGUGGAGAGCAACUGCAGCGCCUUGCUCCAAAAUCUGCGGCCGCCUUGAUCUCACGAGGUUAUCGUUGCCUACGUAGGCAUGAUGUCAGAGCAAGUCGGCGUCAAGUCGGACACGAAUCUAACCGGCGAGCACCGCGUUUCGGUCACCGCUGGUCUAAUCAGGGCAGAACUGGCUCAUCUGGAACACGGCCGUUGUCACUCCAUUGAGUUUAGUGGCUUUUAACCAAUCAAAUGAUGCUUCUCUGAUCACGUGACACCAAUGAGGCGUCAACCUGAACGAGUGAUGAUGGCUUUAGCCUGGGUCACCAGGAGGUCACCUCAGUUGUUGGAAUUUAGUGGUGAAAUUUUUGUGGGUUUAUUUUCAGUAAAAAAAACAUCAAAAACAUAAUUUCACAGAAUAAAAAAUCAGUUUGAUGAAGUCCGUAUGAAAAAAGUCACCUUGUGUUGAGGCUGUUUGUUCCAUCGGCUCCUUCUCCGUUUACCUCACUGUGAAUCUUUUCUCAAGGAAGAUCCCAGGCCUCAACGUCUAUGCGCAGAUGCAGAACGAAAAAGAACAAGAACUGACGAGUCCAGCCGAUCCGAAGCCCACGCCCAGCUCUCAGCAGGACUUGGUGCCUUCUUUGGAGAUUCUGGACACCGAGUUGAACUCGCGGCCCACCGGUGAUCCUCAGCUUCUAUCUGUGGCUUCAUUCACCCUUUCACACCAUUGUUUGUUUCACACCGUUUUGUUGCU